CACUGGGUUGUUCAGUCCCCAGGUUCCCUCAGUCCCCAGAAGGAGCCAGCAUGGACAAUCUCCUUUAUAGUUUGGGAAGCAGGUUUGUUGCCAUGGAGUUCACAUUUUGACUGGAGUUGAGAAGUAUAAAGGUAACCGUUUGUUUUAGUUUCAACGAUCUCGCAAAAAGAUAGGCUGUUGCUCUUCUUCUGGAAAAGCCUGAUUGGUAAGAUUCCUUUAAGGGCUCAGCCCCAAAGAGCUUUAUCCCAUCCCCUCACAGACUAAAAACUAAAGCUUGCAGAGACCUCUGAAGGAAAACCUGUCCCGGGCUCUGUCACUUCACACCCAUGGCUAACCCUGGAGGUGGUACUGUUUGCAAUGGGAAACUUCACAAUCACAAGAAACAGAGCAAUGGCCUGCAAAGCAGAAACUGCACAAAGAAUGGAAUAGUGAAAGAAGCCCAGCAAAAUGGGAGGACACAUUUUUAUGAUAAGCUCAUUGUUGAAUCCUUUGAAGAAGCACCCCUUCAUGUUAUGGUUUUCACUUACAUGGGGUAUGGAAUUGGAACCCUGUUUGGCUAUCUCAGAGACUUUAUGAGAAACUGGGGAAUAGAAAAAUGCAAUGCAGCCGUGGAACGAAAAGAACAAAGAGAUUUUGUACCACUGUAUCAAGACUUUGAAAAUUUUUAUACACGAAACCUUUACAUGCGAAUCAGAGACAACUGGAACCGGCCCAUCUGCAGUGCCCCAGGGGCUCUGUUUGACGUGAUGGAGAGGGUGUCGGAUGACUAUAACUGGACAUUUAGGUUUACUGGAAGAGUCAUCAAAGAUGUCAUCAACAUGGGCUCCUAUAACUUCCUUGGUCUUGCAGCCAAGUAUGAUGAGUCUAUGAGGACAAUAAAGGAUGUUUUAGAGGUGUAUGGCACAGGCGUGGCCAGCACCAGGCAUGAAAUGGGCACCUUGGAUAAGCACAAGGAGCUGGAGGACCUUGUGGCUAAGUUCCUGAAUGUGGAAGCAGCUAUGGUCUUUGGGAUGGGAUUCGCAACUAACUCAAUGAAUAUCCCGGCAUUAGUUGGAAAGGGAUGCCUCAUUUUAAGUGAUGAGUUAAACCACACAUCGCUUGUGCUUGGGGCCCGACUCUCAGGUGCAACCAUAAGAAUCUUCAAACACAACAACACACAAAGCCUAGAGAAGCUCCUGAGAGACGCUGUCAUCUAUGGCCAGCCUCGAACCCGCAGAGCUUGGAAAAAGAUUCUCAUCCUGGUGGAGGGUGUCUACAGCAUGGAAGGUUCCAUCGUGCAUCUGCCCCAGAUCAUAGCUCUAAAGAAGAAAUACAAGGCUUACCUCUACAUAGAUGAAGCUCACAGUAUUGGGGCCGUGGGCCCAACUGGCCGAGGUGUCACGGAAUUCUUUGGACUAGACCCUCACGAAGUUGAUGUGCUCAUGGGCACAUUCACCAAAAGCUUUGGAGCUGCAGGAGGUUACAUAGCUGGAAGGAAGGACCUUGUGGAUUAUUUACGGGUUCACUCGCAUAGUGCCGUCUAUGCUUCAUCCAUGAGCCCACCGAUAGCAGAGCAAAUCAUCAGAUCACUAAAACAUCUCAUGGGAAUGGAUGGGACCACACAAGGGUUGCAGAGAGUACGGCAACUUGCGAAAAACACAAGAUACUUCAGACAAAGACUGCAGGAAAUGGGAUUCAUUAUCUAUGGCAAUGAGAAUUCUCCUGUUGUUCCUCUGCUUCUUUACAUGCCUGGUAAAGUAGCGGCUUUUGCAAGGCAUAUGUUAGAGAAAAAAAUUGGAGUGGUGGUCGUGGGAUUUCCAGCCACUCCCCUCGCAGAAGCUCGGGCUCGGUUUUGUGUUUCAGCAGCCCAUACCCGGGAGAUGUUAGACACGCCACGAAAUCUGCCAUAAUAAAAUAUGACCCAACUAAGCAACAUGUUGGAAAACCAACAACAAGAACAAAUCCACAUUACAGCAGCACCUAAGUGAGGCGGAAAUGAUUUUUAAAUUGCCUUUUAUUGUCCCUUGAUUUCCAUUGUUAUGUGAAUAAGUAAUAUCAGAGAACGAAGCCAUCUACUCAGUUUGGAGAUAAUGGGAAGAGUCACAUAACAUAAAUGCAGUUUUGCAAACACUAUUGAGAGUCAACUAUGUGCAAACCUGGGGCAAAAAGUCUAGGAGAAGAUGCUAAUAAACAAGCAACACAUAUAAUACUAGACAGAAUAAAUUAAUCUUGAAGAAGAAAUAUAGAAAACUGUGGGAGCAUGAAGGUGGGCUGAAUUAUUAGAGUGGAGAAGAUUCACAGGGGAAGUGGCUUUUGAGCCAGGCCUUUUUAAUAAAGGUUACCGAGCAUCAUCCAAGACUUCCAAUCAGUGGAGUGACACAAUCAUGUCAUUAUGAAAUGAACGUGACAAAUGAAUUGGAGAGGAACGGGGCCAAAGGAAAGGACCUAAGAUGUAGCUAUUUAAACAAAACAAGAGAUGACAAGGCUAAUGGUAGUGGAAACAAAAGAAACGAAUCCAUGAACAAAUAUUACAAAUGAGUGGAGCUGCCAUGACUUGACAAAUGAUUGGAUGUGGUGCAUAUGUGAGAAGAGAGAAUCAAAGACAAUUUGAGGUCUUUAGCCCUGAUGAAUAGAAGGAUGGUGAAGCACUUAAAUGAGAUAAGGUAUACAGUAAGGAAGAGCAAAUUUUCAGUGGGAGUGGGGGAAUAGAAUGAGCUCAGUCCUAGACAUGUUGAGACUAUGUGUCCAUGGGCCACCUAUAGAAGAAAAGUAAGAUUCUAGAGCUUAGGAGAGUAUGCAAAGCUGGAGCUGCUAUAGUUUAGGGAACUGAGGGAUCCUUACAGCCAACAGUAGAAUAUGUAAUUGUCCAGAUGUGAGCAACAGUGAACAGGGUGGACUCCUGCGGAGUGCCUACAUUCCAGGGUAGAUACAGGAAUCACAGGUGGGGACCCAGACUUACAUGGAACUAGAGCAGUCAGGAAAGACAUGUUCAGUGUAGUAUUAAACUCCAUACAGAGGAGAAAGUUUCAAGCAGGAGGAGGGUCAAAAUGCCCCUCAAAACUGCAGGAAGUUUAAAUGCAGUGAGGGAUGAGAAAAAACUAUUGGAUUAGCAAUUAGUAGGAACUUGAUAUUCCUUAGAGUAGGCAUUUUAAGGGAAUGAAGGGAACAGAAAUAAUAAAAGAAUAAAAGAGUAAAGAGGAUAAUUUGAGUUUGAAAUUAUACACAUACACAUGUGCGCACGCACACACACACACACUUGCCGUGUCCUUCAUCUUCACCAGUAUAGUCUCAAAACAUAAACCAGUGUAUUGUACACAGUAGGUACACAGUACAAAUUAUUGAAUAGCAUAUUAACAACUGAGCUAACCAGGUUUUGAGAUGAGUGAACAUUAUUUUCUUUACACCCUUCUAUAUUUUCCAGAUUCUCUAAAAUGAGCUAAAAUGUAUUUCCAGAAUGUGAAUUUUAACAAAUUGUUUCUUUUAAAUGAAAUGAGUUGGUGUUAAGAAAAGGCAGGCAAAAAGAUUUGGCCAAAAAAAAAAAAAAGAAAGAAAGAAAGAAAAGGCAGGCAAAACAUUCGAGAAGUCUGACUGUAGAAAGAAAAAAUAGGAUUAGAAAAUACCCUUGAAAGUGGAGAAGGCUUGAGUAUGUUUACACAUUAAAGGAAGAAGACAGUGAAGAAGGGACCUCGCACAGAAGGGAGAGAAGAGAGUGUGGCCAGGAAGCAAGUUCCCUGAGAUGACAGGAGGGACAGACCGCAUGGAUGAAUUUGUAAUUUUGUGCUCCAAGCAGCACUGAGGUAUUCGUGUAGGUGAUUCUCUUCACAACUUCUUAAUUGCUGCAAAAUACCUACUUUGAAAGGAUACUGAGACAUCAAUCAUCUAGACAAAUGCCUCUAAACUUUUAAAAUCAAGCACCCAUCUCAACAGAAAAUUUUGAGCAGUUCCUUAAUGUACAUGUAAGAGAAAGUGGAAAAUGACCCUGAUGAACAGCCAGUACAUUAAGGUAGCAAUUGAACCUGAAGGCUCAUAGACUAGAAAUAAUAUUAGACAUGCACUCCGCGACCACAUUUGGACAAGACAGAGACAAGGCCACAAUACUUAAUGUCUCCCUCUUCUGACCGACAUGUGUGACAUUUGCUCAUUUACCAAUAACAACUAUAGCCUUGCUUUAAUUCUCUCGCCUUUCACACAGAAGUUAUAACUAUAUAGCCAGCCAGUGAACUGCUCCCAUUUCUUAACAGCAUCCAACCCAGAACCAGUCCCUGCUUCCUUAGAGUCAUCUCAGGCACAAGCUCAAAUGCAGUGAGAAGCCGCUCCCAUCCUCCUGUCACUAAGGUGCCCAUGGUUCUUCCGCAGUGUCCUCCCUCUCCCAUACCAGCAAGCUAAAGAAACCUAACUUUGAGCACGAGUGUGUUCUGGGUGUUCUUGGAUCAGCAAACAUUAACAUAAAUUAUUUAUAAAUGAUAUACACAUUACCAAUAUAUUAUGUACAUUAUAUAAGAGACACAUAAAUAAAAGUUUAAAAGGUUGAGAUAAAAGUGAAUAGAGGUUGGGCGCGGUGACUCACGCCUAUAAUCCCAGCACUUUGGGAGGCUGAGGUGGGUGGAUGACCUGAGG